AUGAAGGCUGUUAUCACUGGUGCAUCUGGUUUGUUGGGUAGAGCCGCUCUCAGGCAAUUCAAAGACGCUGGCUGCCAAGUGGUUGGCACCGCAUUCUCUCGCUCAAAAGGCGAUUUAAUCAAAUUGGAUUUGACAGACGCAAAGGCAGUUGAGCACUUUUUACAGGAGCAGAAGCCGGAUGUGUUGGUUCAUUGUGCUGCUGAGCGUCGCCCUGAUGUCGCUGAAAGAGAUCAAGAUGCUGUAUUGCACUUGAACGUGGAGACCCCUAGAAAUCUCGGCAAGAUCUGCAAAGACAAUGGCGUCAUGCUAAUUUACAUAAGUACAGAUUAUGUGUUUGACGGUACCGCUCCUCCUUAUGAGGUUGGAGAUAAACCUAACCCCUUGAACUUCUACGGCCAAACUAAAUUGGACGGUGAGGAGGCUAUCAAGAGUGUGUACCCCGAGGCCGUGAUUCUUCGUGUACCCAUUUUAUACGGAAGCACCGAAUACAACGCUGAGUCUGCAAUCAAUGUCUUGAUUGACGUUGUUCUGAACCACGAUAAAAAAGUAACUGUUGAUAACGUGGCAAGCCGUUACCCUACCAAUGUUGAGGAUGUUGGUCGAGUGCUUAAGGAUUUAGCUGUUGCCAAGGUUGAAAAUCACAAGGAUAUCAGGGGCAUUUAUCAUUUCUCAGGUGAAGAGAGUAUCACAAAGUACCAAGUGUGUGAAAUCUUUGGCAAGAUUUUGAAUACUCCUAUUGAUCAUCUCACUCCUCAAGAUACUGUGGAUAAAGCCGCCGCAGUUUCAAGACCUGAAAACUCUCACUUGUCAAGCAAACGUUUGCAAGAAAGCGGCAUUGAUACCAACUGUGUCAAAUUCGCUACCUGGUUUUCUGAGAAUCUCGAUCCCAUAGAGAAAUAA